AAAAAAAAUUAUUUGACUAAGAAACAUCCAAACAUUUUUUCUCUUUUUUCUUCUUUUGGUUUUUGGAGCAAGUUUCUGUCUCAAUUUAAGUGGUGAGGAAACUUCUAUGAGGAUACAUUUAAAGGUGUUUGGCCAAUUACUAAAGCAUAAAAGGGAGACCAGGAAAAGAUUAGUCUUGCUCUACUGCCCAGCCUGUUUUUUCAUUCGCUAACUCACCUCACUGUUGAUUGAAACUUAAAUGAGGAUAUAUAUUUAAAGGGGGUUGGCCAAAUACUAAAAGCAGAGAAGACUUGCUCUACUGCCCAGCGUUUUUCAUUCAGUGACUCACUCCACUCUUGAUUGAGAUGUCCGAUGCCUACUACAAUCCCCCUCCAUUAGAAGUUAGUGGCGGGACAAUAGCAGCUGGUAAGUUCCUACACAGAAAUGAAGAAUUACAAGAGAGAGAGAGAGAGAGAGAGAGAGAGAGAAAAAGAAAAGAAAAAGAAGAAAAAAAGAGUAAAGAAAAUGAGUACAUUUUGCUUGGUUUGUAACUCUGAGGACACUUUUCUAUUUUCUGUAUUUUUUUAAAACAGAAAACUGUACAAAAACUUUAUUUGGUUCAGUUUUCUGAAAACUCCGUUUUAAGAUAAAUGUCUUUUAUAGUUAUGUGAAAACAAAUUUAUGUUUCUGAAUUCUUGAGAACUGUUUUCACAGUUAUAAACUAAGUAGGUGUCAUUAACAUCAAAUUUGAGCCUUAAAAGUCACCAUUUUCGAGUUGUUUGAAUUUGCAGCCACAAUAGUGAGUUUGAUAAUACUGGCAAUUAUCAGCAUUGUUUUUGUCUAUUAUGCAAAAAGAUGAGAAAAGCAAUUAUAACAGAACUACAAGCAGCAGUUGCUCCACCACCACUCAAUGCAGUUCAAGUUUGGCAAGUUGAUGGACCUACAAUGCAGAGGAUCCUAGAAGACCUGGCAGGGGACAAACCGGUUCGAUUCACAGCUCAGGAGCUAUGUAACUUCAUGAAUAACUAUUCAACAACAUUGGGUUGUGGUGGUUUCGGGAUAGUUUACAAAGGACAGUUUCCAACUGGAAUGAAGAUUGCAGUGAAGGUCCUCAACAGGAGCUUAGACAGAACAGCUCAAGAGCAGUUCACUGCUGAGGUUGCCAUUAUUGGCAAAACCUACCACAUAAAUCUAGUCCGGCUCUACGGAUUUUGCUAUGAUCAUUUCAUGAGUGCAUUGGUGUACGAGUACAUGGAAAACGGAUCACUUGAUAAGUACUUGUUUAGUGACACACAAGUAAUUGAGUUGGAUAAGCUAUAUGACAUUGCAAUUGGCACAGCCAAAGGCAUUGCUUACUUACAUGAAGAAUGCGAGCAAAGAAUCAUUUACUAUGACAUCAAGCCCGGUAAUGUCCUCCUCGACGGAAACUUCUAUCCUAAGGUUGCAGAUUUUGGCCUAGCAAAGCUUUGUAAUAGAGAUGACACUCACAUAACUAUGUCAGGAUAUAGGGGGACUCCCGGUUACUCUGCACCAGAGUUUCAGCUAAAAAAUUUCCCUAUUACCUAUAAAUGUGAUGUUUAUAGCUAUGGUAUGUUGUUGUUUGAGAUAGUAGGAAGGAGAAGGAAUGCUAAAAUUGGUUCUACUGAUAGCCUGAAUUGGUUUCCGAAACAUGUUUGGGACGAAUAUGAGAAGAACGAAUUAACAGGGAUGACAUUGUCUUGUGGGAUUGAAGAGAAGGAUAGGGAGAAAGCAGAGAGAAUGUGUAUGGUAGCAUUGUGGUGUGCUCAAGACUCGCAAGAGGCUAGGCCUCCGAUGAGUGCUGUGGUGAAGAUGCUGGAGGGAGGAGUGGACAUUAAGCCACCUCCUAGACCAUUUCAAUACUUGUUUUUGGUAAGCAUGCUUAAUCCUGUGACCGGUAUUGGCAACACUUCAGACUACUCAACAAAUGAGGGAACUAAUUCGUAUUGGUACAAGGACUCGACUCCAAUUAUGACCAAAUAUGAGAUACAAAUGGCUAGUUCUUCAUCAAAUACUCGAAUCUAAUUUUUCAUAUGUUGGUUAAAGAUUUUAGAUAUAUAUUAAUGUGAUAAAUUGUUCUUUUUAGUAGUGGAUAUGUUUGAUAUUUGGUUUAAUCUUAACAACCACAUUUGUCUUUGGGGAUUCAUGGUACUUGUUUGCUGAGGCAGCACCUGUGAUAUAUAUAUAUAUAUAUAUA